AUGGAUUAUUCUGAGAAUAAGAGUGAUUUCCUGCUGGAUCUUUUCCGUCCAUUCUGGUCUGAUCACUCAAAGCUGAUCAAGUUCCUGGUGGAUCUCCUGUCUCAAGCAGCAGAGUGGGAGGAGCAGACAGGAGAGAAGACACUGAAGCUGGUAUCAUCAGUGUGGACUUACAGCACCUUUCCUUUUCCCAGUGGAGACAAUUCUGAACAUAGUGAUUUCCUGCUGGAUCUUUUCUAUCCAUUCUGGUCUGAUCACUCAAAGCUGAUCAAGUUCCUGGUGGAUCUCCUGUCUCAAGCAGCAGAGUGGGAGGAGCAGACAGGAGAGAAGACACUGAAGCUGGUAUCAUCAGUGUGGACUUACAGCACCUUUCCUUUUCUCAGUGGAGACAAUUCUGAACAGAGUGAUUUCCUGCUGGAUCUCUGUGAUGGUGACAGGUUCUUCCAGAGGGUGUGUGAGUCCGUCCCUGUGAGGUCCAGAGAGGAGGACCAGCAGUUGGCCUCUCUCCUCCAGGCCUUGGGCUCCACCCUGUCACUGGGAGGAGAGUUACCCAGGAAAACCUGCAGGUCUGUGGGGAGGGUCCUGGGUCUCUGUGCCUCCAGAGUGGACCUCACUCUUACCCCCAGCAAGAUCUCUCUCCAAGGAGCCUUACUUAUUUUGAGACAUGAGUCAAAGCUACACAAGCUCAGGCUGAAUGUGGGCAUGGCAGUGAAACUGUCCAGACUGGUUAGGAGGACAGGGAGAGGUGCUACUCCACUGACUGUCCCAGAGCUCUCCCUGGUCCAAAAGAGCAACCAGCCACCAGAGAGAGUGUUAUCCAGGGCUCUGAGUAGUGUGGCAUCCCUGCUGAGACUCUGGAGGGUUCAGUGUCUGGACCUAACUGACUUCUGGAUCCAGGGUCACUCUCUCAUCACACUGCUGUGUCACCAGGGACCUCUCUCUCUCAGACUGAACUCAGACACUCUGCAGCAGCUGACUGUAGUUGUGUAUGAAGCUCAGGACAAGGACUUGACUCAGUGGUUCCUGGAGAAGGUUGGUGGAGACCUGACCUCCUGCAGGCUGGACCUGGAAGUGCUUCUCUCUCUGCUGCAGCAUUCAACCCACAACAUCACUGUGGACCUCAGGAAGAACAGGCUCCUAGAGAAGAACAUCUCAGAUCUUCUCCCCUUUCUGGGAAGGGUUAUAUUCAAGAGGUCCAGUUCCAGCUUUGUAAAGUCCACCAUCAGACAGAUCUAUGACAGCAGAGCCAGUGACUGUGUGUCCAGUUUGUUGAGGUCUUCAGACCAUUGGAUCAACCUGAACAGCAGAGAGCUGGACAGAGUGGACUGUACUGCUCUGUGUUUUACCCUGCAGCACUGCCACCAAGUCAAAGUCAACCUGCUGUGGACCUCCAUACCACCGGGGGAGAUAGAGAGCAUCCUGCCUCUUCUGGACAGAGUCUCCCAACUCAGUGUUGACAGGAGGUUACUGCUGAGUGUCCUCCAGUGCUGUGCUGCCUCUCCGAUCCAGCAGGGGGCACCACCACCACCACCACCAACAGCAGUAUGGCUGCUCAGGUCUCUGCACUACAGGCUGGACUUCUCCUGCUCCUCCUCUGUGGACCUGUCAGCUCAGGACCAGGAGGAGGCUCUGUGUCUGACCACUGACCACUGCAGGGCCAUCCACUCUGUUCUGAAGCAGAACCAACACAGCACCCAGCUGGUCCAGAACCAGGUGCAGAUCAUCCUAAGAGACUGUGAGGUGGAGGACAGAGCACUGAGGGAGCUGCUUCCCCAUCCUGCAUAUUGUCAAGCUGAGCUGCUGGACCUUGUGUGUGAGGGGAUUGAAGAGGGGGUGCUGAGGCACGCAGAGUCCCUGUGCAGAGCCCUGGAUAGAGAGCUGGACCUCAGUGAGACCAGGCUGGACCAGAAGGCCUGUGGAUCUCUGGCCCUGGUUCUGGAACACUCAGAGGGGCUGUCAGAACUGGACCUCAGCCACUGUCAACUCACAGACCACCACCUACCGGCCCUGAUCACACACCUGCACAAAGUACAAGUCCUGGAACUCUUCAACAACAGAAUCCAGGACAGAAGACCCUUCCUGACAGACAAGAGGUUUGAGAUCUGGUGA